AUGAAUCAUGCUCCCAGCGACAAUCAAGCAUCAACUAGCAGAGCGAGUAAAACAGAUGGCUAUGACAAACUCGCCGCAUGGAUAGCCUCCGACCGAGGACUAUCCAUAUACCGUCGCUUUGCCAGGCUCAACGCAAAGAACCUUUUAUACCUGCAAGCGGAAAUCAUCACCGUCGCAGAGGAUCUCCAGGAAAUUAUUGACGAGGACCAAAAGUCUGAAGAUGCAAAGGUCAAGAGAUACUCCACCUCCGUUUGGUAUCUGAAGAACACACCGUCACUUCAAUGGGCGAGGUUUCUUGAGCUGAGAAGGUUGCUGAAUGAGUACAAUAAUGCAUUGAUCCAGCAAGCUCAACUCCUGCGAUUCAAUUCUCCGCAUUCUCGAGACCUCGAAACGUUCAAAGAUUGGGUGGGGUCAAAGAAGGGCGGUAAUUAUGUUUGCUCCACUAGGCUGGAACAGGAUCAAUGGAAGGACGAGAAGGAUCUCAUCGCGCUGUCGGGACGAUAUGAGAAUGUCGACCAUUUGACCCGGUGGGUGUUUAGGGUUGCCAUUCCCUGGUUCGACCGGGUCAUCGGGGAGCGCAUCAAACCCGAUGAUAUCGAAACUGGUACUGUUUACUACGACGAUGACCAGAUCAUUCGCGGGACGAGGAUCGUUAGUACUGUGUUCUCGUCUGUGUUUCCGGCGAGCUCGAUGCUGGUUCUAUACGUUCUGAACAGCAUGGCGGCCAGAUUAGUGGUGAUUAUUGUGUAUAAUGUGCUGUUCUCGGUGCUUGUUGGUCUUAUGACAAGGGCUAGACGAGUCGAGAUUUUUGCAGCUUCAGUGGCUUUUGCAGCUGUCCAGGUCGCCUUUAUCACCAACUUUUCAUCCAAAAAUUAG